AUUCUUUGUACCUACUACUGGCCUACAUGCACCCGUAGCUCUGCCUACCCUACAUCUAUAAUCUCAGGCCCCGUCACAGUAUUUCGGAAUAAUAAUUGCACGCAUAUCUUAUUGUUCAUUACUAGUAGUACAUUGCUGAAUCACGGCGCAGCAGUCUGGCAGAUGCUUUGGUUGCCCAAACUACCUACGGACUGGCCAAUUUGAUCUAGGUUUGCGACACGCAUUAGCUACCAGCCCUCGACAUGCAGCUCAUCGGGUCGAAGGCGUCACAGCGCCUAGACGAGAUAGGCGAGGGAAGCGUAACUUUACUUCCUAUUGAGCCGGAAGACAUGUGGCACGCAAAUAAUCUAAUCGGCCCCGAAGAUGUCGUCAAGGCGCAUGCGAUCCGAAAGGUUACAACAGAGACCAAGACUGGCAGUACUAUGUCAGAGAGGGUUCACACCGACCUUACCAUACGUGUUACUUCCACAUUUUUCGACCCAGGUUCCUCCCAAUUGCACGUCUCAGGCACCGUCAUUGUCGAGAACAACUUUGUCAGCCUCGGACAAUACCACACCCUCGACCUCGAGCUUAACCGGCCGUUCACCCUAUGGAAAAAGUAUGGAUGGGACUCGGUAGCAAAGGAAACACUCUCGGAUGCCCUAAAACAGGACAAAGAGGGUGCUGUAGCUGCUGUCGUCAUGCAGGAAGGCAUCGCGAAUAUCUGCCUGAUCACCGAAUACCGUACUAUACUUAAGCAAAGGGUGGAGAGCACGAUACCUAAAAAACGGUCGAGUAGUUCCGAGCAAGAUUCCGGGAUGAAGCGCUUCUUUGAGAAGACCUUGAGCACUUUGAUUCGCAGCAUAGAUUUCUCGAUACCCCGGCCGUUGCUGUUAGCUAGUCCCGGGUUUGUCGCGGGCGACUUCAAGAAGUAUAUCUCUGACGAGGGCGCUAGGAGAGCCGACAAGGCAAUGAUGGCUAUGGCCAAGGAAGCGACCGUGGUUCAUUCGAGCUCCGGGCACCUGCAUAGUCUCAACGAGAUCCUCAAGAGUUCCGAAGUCACCGCGACUAUGAAGCAUAUGAAAUUUUCCAAGGAGACAAGGUUUAUGGACGACUUCUUCGACAAGUUGCGGAAAGACGAUGGUCGCGCCUGGUAUGGUACGGCCCCUGUCGAGAAGGCAAUCAAAGAAGGCGCUGUCGGUAGAGGAGGGGGUAUCUUGUUGAUCAACAAUUCCCUGUUCCGAAGCCAGGAUAUCAGGACAAGGAAAAGAUACGUCGCCAUGGUUGAUAAAGUCAAAGAGGAUGGAGGAGAAGCGCGAAUACUGAGUAGUGACCACGAAAGUGGACAACGAUUAGAUGCCUUAGGUGGCAUAGCUGCCAUACUCACGUACCCUAUACUAGAUCUAGACGAGGACGAGAACGAGGACGAAGCCGACGCCGGUGGGCAAGCCGAAACCGAGGAGAACAUGGUAAUAUGAAGUCUGAUCUAGAGGCGUCCCGAAUUUAAUGACUAUUUACGAAUUUCAUUAGUUGUGAAGUUGUAUCCAUCCUACACCUACUAGGCGCAGUAAUUUAUCCAGCUCUAAGGAUAUUAGGUAAGUUAUCAAUACAAUAUUUGGUGGGUACUUGGAUAUAUGGGGACCAAAUCCAAAAAUACACCUCCGCAGGGAUGGUAAUUGUUAUUUGAUGGAGAAUUGCUCCAUUAGUGGAUAUGUACUGAGCCACGGAAAAUAUAUAAAAGGCUACAAGAUAUAUAUGCUUU